AUGAUUGAGGAUCCAAAUCCAAAAAAAAGAAUUCUUUUUAGUUUAGGUUUAUUUGCAUUAUCAGCAUCAGCAUUAUAUAUUGAUCAAAUGGACCCUGACACAAAUCCAUUCAAAAUCGACCGUAAGGAUGUUACUUAUAAAACUAUAGAUUAUUCAAAACCAGUUGGUCAAGGUAGAGUUACAAUCGUUAGAAAUGGUGAAAUCAUUAAAGAAGAAUAA